AUGUAUUUCAUGAGCCCGAGCCCGACAAUGCGGCCCGACACGGACCUCUCACUACGAAUCAGCCCGCCCUCACAGCCCAAAUACGCACUCAAAGAAAACACCCGAGCCGACUCAAGCUCCGGCAGCAGCAGCUCAAGCCACGAGAACGGGCUCCCAAUCUCCAGCCAAUUGGCCGGGGCCAGUUUUGCACCGGCACAAAUGCGGAGCAACCACUGCCAACCCCAAAUAUACGGCCACGUGGGCAAGAGGUGUUCUAGAAUGUCGGUUGGGGUUAGAAGAAGCGCUCGUGCGCCGAGGAUGAGGUGGACUUCGACUCUCCACGCACAUUUCGUGCAUGCGGUUCAGCUGCUCGGCGGCCACGAACGGGCAACUCCAAAGUCUGUGCUUGAGCUGAUGAAUGUGAAGGAUCUAACUCUAGCUCAUGUCAAGAGUCACUUACAGAUGUAUAGAACAGUGAAGAGCACAGACAAAGAUAUAAUAACAGCUCCAAUGAGGACAAAUUUUAAUAAUGAAAAUAUAAAUGAGUGCACUGAAUUUAGUCCUUCUUUAGCAUCUGGUCCACCAUCUUUAUCAUUAUUACAUACAGCCACCUCAAGUACUCACUCAUUACAACCUGUUCAAAGGGGUUCAUUGGCAUCAUCACUAGACAACUUUAUUCCAAUCAGGCCAUCAAAUGAUCAGCAAAAUUCUUCAUCUAAUUUUCAGGGAGGAUUUGACGAGGCUGCAGCCCACAAAAUGUCAGGAGAAUUAAAGGAAGAAUUUGAUAGGUUUAGUAAUAGCAGCAGCAGCAGCAGCUUGUCUUCUCCAGCAGAUGUGUUGCUCAAUUUAGAAUUUACCUUAGGAAGACCAACUGGAAUCCUCUAA